UUUCACAUUUAAUUAUCGGAGACGCCAGACUUCAACAUGCCUCGUUCAUUCCUUGUGAAGAAGUAUUUCUCUAACAAGAAACCAUACUACAGGGAGAGCCAGCUGGAGAGUCAAACCGCUUUUGUCCCAGAGAGCUUUCCUCGGGCUGAACUUCCAACGCAGAACAACAGCUCUGCCCUGACCUGCUAUCCCACCAGCCCAUUCUUCAGCAGCAUGGACACCCUGCCUGCGCCCCUCUCCCCGGUCACGCCGGUGUCCCUGCCCCCUUCACCCCUGGGUCCCCUGGACCUCAGCAGCUCAUCCUCCAGCAGCAGCAGUAGCAGCAGCAGCAGCAGCGAGGAAGAGGAGGACGGCGGACGCAGUUCAGACCCCCCCAGUCCGGAUAUCAUCCAGCACAUCUACCACUGUCUUCACUGCAGUAAGAGCUACACCAGCCUCUCCGCGCUGUCCCACCACCAGCUCUCCCACUGUGCCCCACUGCAGCAGACGCCCUCUCUGCCCACCGAGGUGUCUGCGCGCCCGGCCUUCCACUGCAAACAUUGCCCCAAGGAGUACACCAGCCUGGGAGCCCUGAAGAUGCACAUCCGCUCACACACCUUGCCCUGUGUGUGCCCCACCUGCGGCAAGGCCUUCUCCAGACCGUGGCUGCUCAGAGGACACAUUCGCACACACACAGGUGAACGCCCCUUCGCUUGUCAGCACUGUAAUCGGGCUUUUGCUGACCGCUCCAACCUCCGCGCUCACCUGCAGACCCACUCUGAAGUGAAGAAGUAUCAGUGCGGCUCCUGCUCGCGGACCUUCAGUCGCAUGUCCCUCCUGCACAAACACAAUGCCUCUGGUUGCUGCCCUGCCUCGUAGACUCACAUUCCCAGGACUGCUCUCAUAAGCCAGUUGAAGCUGCUUGCUGGUUCUGACCCCCACCCCCUUCACCCCUGAUUAGAGCCAAUACACCCAGAGGACAUUUUGGGGAAUUGAUGCCAAAUCAUUUCAUGACAAGCCAUGAAAGGAAAUUUGCAGUUCUUGUGCUUUUAUAAAAUGACUCUUUAAGUGCCUUUUUUAAUAUUUCAAGACUGUAGGUUGAUCAGUUUUUUUUGUUUGU